GCUUUCCUACACUUCUCUAUUUUUUUUUUCUUUUAUUUCCCUUUGUGUAGAUGCUACAAUGGAUGCAGAGUUACAAGCGCCCGAGAAAUUUAUUCUUUGUAAUGAUGAGAAAUGUUCAACCGUGUUUAAAUAUUUAGAUCUUUCAGUCCAUACUGUUGUUGAUGGUCCUGAUCCAAGAGAUCAUCUUGCUAAUGAACGCAAUUUAUUAACUUGGAUUAGAACAGGCACAACAUUAGCAUUAAUUGGAUUCAUAACAUUAUUAGAUUUUUCAACAAAAAAUUUUGCACCUUCUUAUUCUUUUCCAUGGGCAAAUGAGCCCAAGACGAUGAACUCAAAAAUUAUAUCUUAUAUAUUUGUAGGCCUUGGAUUCAUUUGCUUUAUUUAUUCUCUUUAUAGUUAUUUCAAAAAUCAACGACAAAUUGUAAAAAGAUUACUUUGGGUUGGUCAGGGCUGGAUGGGCUAUUUAGUAGCAACACUUAUCAUGAUAUUUGUAGUGUUUAUAAUGAUCAUGGCAUUGACUGAAUUACCUACUCCUUCUUAAUUCAUUCUUUCCUCCCCGUAUACCAUUUUCCAAAUAACAAUAAUAACAAUAAUAAUAAUAGAUAUUAAAAUAUCAUUUAUACUUAUCGUUUAUUUCUUUUCUUGUUGUGCAAGCCUACUCAU